UGAAGCAGGCGGCCUGAGCUAAAUCCUGUCGAUUCAACAUCUGCAGAGGCUCCUCUACCAGCCGCGUGCAGCUGCCGACCUGCCGUCGGCCUGGACUGCACAUCUGGCUUCAGCGGUUAUCAAUCAUCCUGAAAAUUAUCUCAGAAAAAGCUUCACAAUGUUUACAAAUGCCUCUCUUCCCACCGUCAUGGCCAAGUCCAGCAAGAAUGACCGGGACUCAGUGGUGGACGUGGAGGCCAUCAUGGACAACGUCAGCAUCCUUCUCUACACGCUGACCGUGGUGCUGGGCAUCACGGGGAACUCCAUAGUGAUCUGUGUGGCCGGGUUCAAGCUCAAGCCCAAAGUCACCAACGUGUGGCUGGUGAACCUGGCCAUCGCAGACCUCAUUUUCUGCUUCACGCGCGUCUUCUCCCUCAUUAAGAAGCUCUUCUUCGACCACUGGCCCUUUGGCGUCUUCCUCUGCAAGUUCAACGGCUUCUUCAAAUACGCCAACAUGUUCUGCUCCGUCUUCCUGCUGGCCGUGAUCAGUCUGGACCGGAUGCUCUGCGUGUGGAGGCCCGUCUUGACCAAGCGCCACCGCAGCGUGCGGGCCGCUCGGGUGGUGGCGGUCUGCGUGUGGGCCGCGGCGACCCUGCUCAGCACCCCCUACUUCCUCUACCGGCAGGUCUACUUGGGCAAGAACAACCAGAGCAAGUGCACGCUGGAGGUGAAGGAGAGGACGGAGGGGGAGGACGCCGUCAAGCACGCUCUGUACUCCAUCCGCUUCCUGUGCGGCUUCCUGCUGCCCUUCCUGGUCAUCCUCACCUGCUACGUCCUGGCCGGCGUCGGCAUCCGCCGCACCCGCCUGUCGGGGAAGUCCCGGCCGCUGCGCAUCCUGGCCUCGCUGGUGGUGGCGUUCUUCCUCUGCUGGGCUCCCUACCACUGCCUGCUGCUCGUGAAGAUGGUGGACAGCAAGAACCAGGUGCUGAAGGUGUGGCAGCCUCUGGCCAGCGGCGUGGCCUACUUCAACAGCUGCGUCAACCCGCUGCUGUACUUCUGCAUGGGGCUGGAGGUGAGGGGCCGCUUCAGGCAGAGUCUGAUGGGCGUGUACAAGAGGGCGCUGGCCGACGAGGCCGAGGGACAGACCACCCAGUCCAACGACCGCUCCGCGGAUGACAGCAGCUCUGCGGCGAGGGCAGGAAGGAGUCUGCCAUCAGUGGAGGUGGACAAAGUCUGA